AGGCGCGCCGCCGCCAUGUUGUCGUCAGGCGGACGGGACUGCAGAGCAGCCGCUGGAGCCGCGCCGCCGCCGCCGCCCGCCCGCGUUCCCGGCCGUUACCUCAGAGGAAAACGCCCAGAAGCUUCUAGGCGCCGGUGCGCGCGUGCGCGCGGCUGCGGGACCGAGCAGAGGGAGGACGGAAACUUUCCACUUGUUACGGGCUUUGCCGGGGAGUUCGGGAGUUGGGCGAUGGCUGAGUGCCUCCCCCGGCCUGGCUGCUGGUCUUCGUCUCCCAGCCACCGGGUACCGGCCCUCCCUACAGCUGCAAGCUGUCAACCUGAUGAGGUUAUUUGCCAACAAUGAGAAUUAUCUUUGAUGAGAGGAAAUGAUUUCACCUGCAGAUACACAACAGGCAUUGAAAUAUACAAAGAUUUCAGUGGUGUUUCCAGCAAUAGUUGUUGGGUGUGAAAAUCAGUGAAUACCAUUGAGUAAUUGGAAAGAAAAACUUUUACUGAUAGAUUUGCUUUUGACCAGGUUCAUCAUGACUACAUCAGCUAUUAGACGGCAAAUGAAAAACAUUGUGAACAAUUAUUCUGAAGCUGAAAUUAAAGUGCGUGAGGCAACCUCUAAUGACCCUUGGGGACCUUCUAGUUCCUUAAUGACUGAAAUCGCAGAUCUAACUUACAAUGUUGUGGCAUUCUCAGAAAUAAUGAGUAUGAUAUGGAAGCGUCUCAAUGAUCACGGCAAGAAUUGGCGACAUGUUUACAAGGCACUGACGCUGUUAGACUAUAUGAUAAAAACUGGAUCUGAAAGAGUUGCACAACAGUGCAAGGAAAACAUAUUUGCUAUUCAGACCUUGAAGGACUUCCAGUACAUUGAUCGUGAUGGUAAAGAUCAAGGCAUAAAUGUACGUGAAAAGUCAAAGCAGCUUGUCACUUUGUUGAAGGAUGAUGAACGGCUCAAGUCAGAGAGAACCCAGGCUCUUAAAACAAAAGAACGUAUGGCUCAAGUAGCCACGGGAGUAGGAAGCAAUAAUCAAAUUACUUUUGGUCGUGGGUCUAGCCAGCCUAACUUGUCCACCAGUUAUUCAGAACAUGAGUAUGGAAAAUCAGGAGGAUCACCUGCUUCGUAUCAUGGUUCAACCUCUCCUCGCGCUUCUUCGGAGUUGGAACAAGCCAGACCACAAACCAGUGGUGAGGAAGAACUUCAACUGCAGUUGGCUUUAGCUAUGAGUAGGGAAGCAGCAGAACAGGAGGAUCGCCUCCGUCGUGGUGAUGAUCUUCGACUUCAGAUGGCUUUGGAGGAGAGUCGCAGAAAUUCAGCUGUAUUAGUGGGCAGCACUGCUCCAAAGAAGAAAAAGGCAUCCAUGGUUACCCUCAUGGAUCCCGUGCCAGCUGCAACAUCAAAGAAAAAUGGACUCUGGGAAAUAUCCGUAAGGCCAGUUCUAAUAGAAAAACCUGACCCCUGGGGAGGAGCAGGUAGUCCGGUGGCUUCUGACCCAUGGCAAUCACUUGAUGCAAAACCGACUGCCACUAUUGAUCCUUGGGGUGCUUCUGCUUCAUCUACCCCACAAACGCUUACUAAAAGUAUAGACCCAUGGACUUCACAGACCACCUCUGCUGUUGUGACAUCUUCAGCUGAUCCCUGGGGACCAGGUCCUUCAGCUGAUUCUAUUUCUGGGAGUACAGCCUUUGAUCCCUUCAGCACGUUAAAUGGUGCUGCGAAAGAUGACUUUGCUGAUUUUGAGGACCUUCGAGCUUCAUCAAAAAAGCCAGGUGAGACUGAUGUGUUGGGAGGAAGUUCCAGGCCAAGUGGUUCAAUUAGCCCAGAUCUCCUUGACACUCAACUCAAUAGUUCAGCACCAGCAAAACAGACUACAGCUCGGAAAACACCUGAAUCCUUUUUGGGUCCUAAUGCAGCUUUAGUGAAUCUGGAUUCUCUGGUAUCCAAACCUAUCCAACCUUCCAAUAUAUCUAAUCCUUUUCUGGCUUCAGGUUCAACUCCAGUCCAGGCCACUCAGAUAAAUCCGUUUCAAGUUAACCAGCCACAGCCUCCUACACUGAACCAAAUGCGAGCAAGUCCUUUGAUGGCCCCAGGACAGUCUACGUUUGGUACUAUGUCUACAGUUAAUAUGGAGUCCAUGCCACUCACCUCCAUAUCAGCACCAGUGGCAAUGGGCAUGGUUCCAGUGCCAAUGAUUGGUAGGAUGGGUACAGCAAUGAACAUUACUGGAACAAUGCCCCAACCACUUGUAUCAACAGGCAUUCCUCCACCUACAUCCCAGACCUCUACAACUAACCCUUUCCUAUUAUAAAAGACCAGAGGAGAUAUCUUCAUUAGAGUGAAAACCUAGAUAGGAGUGUGGUUAAUUGAGUUAAAUGUAUUCUAGACUACAUUUAAGGGUGUGGUGAGGAAACCUUCACAGUAGGUUUGGGUUUUGCUGUGUUGGUUUUUAUGAAGUACAUAUUGACAGUGGUUAAUUUUCACUAUUUUCUGAAGAAGCUAUUUGCUGCCAAUGGAGGUAUCAUAUGGUGACUGAACAUGUAGUUGAACACUAGUAAUAUGAAUCUAAUAUUCAUACCUCCUGAAUUCUCCAGUCCUUAAGUGCAUAUUACAGUUUGUCCAAAGGUAACAUAGUCUUCUGUGCAGUAUAUUCAGUUUUUGCAUUUCUCAUGUCACUUGCUUCAAAACAAAAUAUAAAGGCCACUGACUGUUUUCAAGAAUUAGAACUUUGCUUCCUAAUAAUAAAAAAAGCAAAUCUGAAACUUAAGUAUCCCAAAUCAGAACAAGUAUAACAUCCAGUUUUCAUAACUGACAAAUUCUUCCAACCUAUUCAUAGCAGUAAGGAUUUUUGAAUUGUGCUGUGUUUUGGCUGCUACAAAGUUGCUUUUGGAUUUGGACUGUUGCAUGCAUCUUUAAUUGCUUUUUGAAAUAACAUUCUAGGCUCUGGAUGUUAUUUUAGCAGAUGGUAUUGGCUAUUGUUCAGUAUUAAUCAUGGUUCAGCACCGAGCAGAUGUGAAAUUCCUUGUGGAGUUGUGCUAAUCAAAAAUAAAUGCAGUGAUCAGGAACAAACUGCAGACACAAAUUUCAGUAACUCCGAGGAGGAUUUUUUUAUGUAAGAAAAGUUGCAUGCAUCAGUCUGUUAUUGAAAUCUAAACUUUGCUACUUACUGGCUAUUCUCUAGUGCGAAACACAUUUAGGCAAGGCAGUAGUGUGCACCAUUGUUAAUGCAGUAAAUUAUAGAGUUAAAGGAAAAAUACAUCAGUGUAACUUUGGAUUCUAGGUGCUUUUUUUUAAACUUUCUUUUAGAUUUUACUAAGUACUGCAAACAUUAAGCUACUUCAGACUCCACAUCGGUAUAUGCAGUUAAUCCUGUACACUUUGCACAGCAUUUUUAAUAGAUAAAUCUUCAUGUAAAGGUCAAGUAGCCAAGUUAUGAGUCUGUAAUUUGCAACCAUAUUGUAGUUUACAGAAGUUUUAUGCUAUUUUUAAUCUUUCUGUCUAGGGACUUUUGGUAAGAUUUUGCAAGCGUGUUUUUUAUCUGCUUUAAAACAUUGUGUUGACAGGUGCCAUAAUGUGCGGUCCAAACUGUAUCUUUGCUUCUUUGUUGAGAGAAAGAAUAAGCUCUGUAUUUUAGAAAGGGAAAAGGGAAUCCUGUAAUUGAGAGUGUACUUGUAUUAUUGUGUUCAGUAUGUCAUGUUGGUUCAACACUAAGUGCAUAGCAAGUUAUUAAGUUUUGUAAUUUAAAACAGAUUUUCUUUAUGAAUGAAUGAUCAGACUGGUUACUUAAGGGUGAAUUGCUAUGCAGAGAAGGUAGAUAGUAGUCCUACAGUUUUAUUUUAACAACUUACGGGAAAGCAACAGUGAUCAGUCUGUGCUUUGCUUUUAACGAAUGAGAAAUUUCCUAUCCUAGCAUUUUGGAGUGUGUGUUUUGCAGUUUCAUUUGGUUUUGUUUAUUAGCUGGGAAAUGAGUUUUGGAGACGUGGCCAACAGCAAGUUAGUAUUUCUUUUAAAGGGAAAGUUAAAGGCUUGUAUUUGUUCUCCUUCCACAAGUUCAUUUACUUUUAUAAAACAAUAACUUGGAUUUCUGUAUCAUUCAUUAAAUACUUAGAAGUCUUGAGUGAUUUGAUAGUGAACAAUCUGGCAUUAAUAACAGUAGGUAUCAGUAUUUACUCAUUGUAAAUAUGUUGCCAGGCACUAUAUCUUCCAGUAAUCACUUGACAUGCAUAUAUUUCAUACCUACAUUUGAUGACUAUUAUGAACUUUAUCCUACUCGGAUUUACAUUUGGAAGUUGAGUUGUCACCUGUCAUUCACGCUUAAGUGAAAUACUGAGUUUUAGCUAAUAUCAUUUUACUUAGAUAAUGAAAAAGAAAAUACCUUCAAUAAUAAUUUUAAAAUAUGGGUGUGGAAUAAUUGUUCAUGUGUCAAAGUAAUUUGUCUAGUUAUAGCAUAUAGCUAUGGUGGUAUGCACCUUAUUUAAAAAAAAGUCAUUAUUAGCAAUACAAGUAUGGCAUAUUAUAUGACUUAGAAUUUUCCAAAUUUCUGAAAAUGAAAAUUCUAUUGCUUUUAAAGAUUGACAUUAGUAUAUGCAUUUUUAUAUCCAGAAAGUGGUCAUUUACAUACCAAAUAUGGAAAUGCCACAAUAAAAUUCAUGCUAAGCAAGUUCAUUUGAAACAUGACCCUGUUUGACCUUGCACAUAUAUAUUUAUAUUCUACAAUUCCAGUUAUUUUGAAUUGAUUUAAGUUCUUCGAAGGGUUCAUGUGAGUGCGUGAGAAUAUGCAUGCUAAGAGUGCAGCCACUACUUGUAUAGUCUUGCAUUUAGUCACUAAAAUGUAUACAAAGCUUCUGGUAAGAUUUGUAUUGUUUUCAUCAUGUACUGUAAAAUUUCUUUGCUGUCAUUCUGUUAAUAACUUUGCAUCAAUGUAAAUGUAUGGUAGUCUACCAUCUGUACCUGUUGUGUAAUUUCAUGUGUACUGUAACUGUGCAUUGGUUUUACUAAAAUAAGUCAUAUAGUAGAAUUUCAAUUGUCACUUGCAUAGUUAUAACUUUAAAUGCCUGUUUUUUUUAUCCUAAACACACACGAAUUAAGUAAGUCAAGGAACUGGAAAAUCAAUGUAAGACAUUUAAUUGGAAAGAACAUGACUUUCUAGAAGAUGGGAACUGACAUGUCACAUACGAAUACCUAUUUUUGGUUACCGUACAGGACUCGGUUGGUACUUUGUAAAGGCACUCACUCCUACCUGCCACGUGUGAUUUUGACUGAAUUUAAUGAUGAAUGAGGACCAAAUUCGUGAUCCCAGCGAGUUUGACACACGCCUUAAGUGCUCAUAGUGAUGUGCCAGAAACCCAGUUUUAGAAAGGCCAGGGAAGUAGUUGUAGGGUCGAAUGAACUCUUCUAAAACAGAAUCUAGGCUAAUUCAGUGUUCAGUGAUUUCCACACCCCCCCCAUGGCUGGGGAUUUUAGCCCUAAAUGCUUGCAUAUUUCUAUAAAUGGGUCUUUUUUCUCCCUGUGGUAUCUGUACUCAGUGUCAUCUCCAUUUAUUUAUUAUAUCUGAUCUUCAGAAAUUUACAUAUUUGCUCCAACACAGGCUAAUGUUUUGGAGAUGGGGUGAUGCACUACCCUCAGUACAUCAGGAGAGAUUGCCACAGAGUUCCUUUCAAGGAGCUGGGUUUCAGAAAAUAAAUAGGCUCUAUUGGAAGAGAAUAUUCUGGACAAUGGGGAAGGGAAUAACCAGUGGUACAUUAAGCUGCAAAGUUGCACCAAACUACUUCAGUCACCGGGACCUUGUUUUUAAUUGUUUGCACUCUAUCAACGUAUUGCAAUAACAAUUUUUAAUUGAAAGAAAAUCUACUUGCAGUUUUAGUUUUAGAUAUAAGUUUAAACUAGGUUGGUGUACCUUAUUCAUGUAAUUGCUUUCAUUCUACAAUAUCCAUAAAGAUGUUUGGUUUACCUCUGAGAUGAAGCAUAUUUCUUCUAAUAAACUGAGGUACACAAUGGGUGAUUACACCAGCUGAGAAAAAUUCCAUUGUUGGUGCACAUUAUUUAAAAUGUAGGAACUUGUAAAGAAUCUUCUGGAACUUGUGGAAACUAAAGCUUAUACCCUAAUAAACAUAUAUCGUGCUUCCUCAAAGUUAUGUAUUACUAUCAAGAUAGUAACCACUUGGAUUCUUGUGACUUUCCCUAUCUUGUAGGAAACAGCAGAAAUCUACAAAGAAGCUUAAAAAAACUACGUUGAUAUAGAUCUGCUUGUUUAGCCCUAGAUGACCUGAAAUCCUCUAAAUGUGAGUGAAUUCAUUGUAUCUAAUCUGUAAAAAAAAAAGGUUUUGUGCUUUUUUGUUUACACAUCCUAGAGAACUUUGGCUUCCUCCAAAAUUUCACGCUACAUGUCCCAUAUCCAUGCAGGUUUUGUUUCUAUGGCUUGGUUUCAGAGAUUGCCACAUGAUUUGGGGAAUCAUUUUCAUGGCUGCUGUGCUUUACACCAUACACCAAUUUAAUUCAUACUGUCAUCAAUACUUGGUUCUGUCAUUAUUAUGAUGCACGUUAGACCUAAUGCAUCAAUGAUAAUUGUUAGCUCAGAACUGAUGUAUUAUACUAGAUACAGUAUAGUGGAGACAAAACAUCUUAAUUUUGAGUGCACCUAGGUGACAGUACUUAAAACUGACUGAUGUGGACAAGUCUUCAAAAUAACCUGUUUUUCAUCGUGGCGAGAGGCAGAGGCAAGAAGGGCACCAGUAUUAUGCUGAGAGAUGAAAAGUAAUCUGAAUUUAAUUUUAAAGGACACUAGAGGGACUGGUACCUUUUUGAUUUUCCAGUUAUUUGGCUUGCAUGUUAUUAGGCAAAAGAUAACUAUGUUUAAAGAUUGAGGACUACUGCACAUAAUGGUGAGUAACCUAUCUUUUUCAUGUAUUAUGUUCUGUUCAUCCACCAAACUUAUUCAUGAUGCUGGGAGCAGGCUACUUUAUGAUAUUGUGCUCAACUGUCAUUACUGUAUUAUAUAACUUAUCAGUUGUACUAUUGUAACAUAUGUUCUGUAUCUUAUUUUCUAUGUAAUGGUUUUGUAGCAAGUCACAGUUAUUGUUUAUGCCAUUUAAAUAGCAGCAAAGAUCAGGGGGCCUGUUGCUUAAAAUAAGGAAAUUAAAUUGUCAGUAUCUGUAACUGUGUAGUUUUUAGUUCAUUUAUUUUACAUUAGAAAUAGGCAAUAAUUGCAAUAUGACUAAUUUCCAUAAAAAUCUUAAACCUGUUCAUGAUUUUGCUUGAUUAACAAGGUAAACUGUAUUAUACAUAUGCACAUAUUGCUAUAUUGACUCCUGAGGCUUUAAGUACCACAUGUUUGACAUUGGAAUAUUACUUGAUUUGCCUAUGGCCUAAUACCGGUGACGGCAGUUCUAAUGUAAUUAACUGAAUGUCAUUGCUGGUUCAAAAACAAUAUAAACCAAUGCAAAAUACCCAAGAAAGCGUUUUGCAACUCCUAACUCAUUCUCAGUUGAUUAAAUAGAGAAUAAAACAAGGGUUUUCAUGACCAGUAUGUCCACCACCCAAUCAGAAAAAUCUUUGUAGCUUUCAGGGUAUUGGCCAACUUGGGAAAAUUUAUAAAAUUUUAUGAAGAGCAAGUAUAAAGAAGGUUCUUGCCCAAUGUAAAUCACAGGUACCAUUUCUGUAAUUAUAGCAUAGUUUAGUUAUAAGUGAGGUACAAGAGAGUUUAUAUAGUUGUAAUUACAGAGUGAGAACAAAUAUUAUUGAUUCAGUAUUCAAUUCUCAGUUCUCUUUAGGAGUAACAUCAAGGCCUCAGAAAAAGAACAGAAGAGCGCUGCUCUAAAGAUGAGGGACUUCAGUUAUGUGGAGUGAUGGGAGAAGAUGUUGGUGUUAUUCCUUGGUAGGUUUGAUAAAGAUGUUCAAAACCCUGAACAGUUUUAAUAACUUAAGAAACUUGUUCACAAUUUUGUUAACCAGAGGACAGAUUUAAGAUGCUAGCAAAAUGAAUUGGCACAUUUGUACAGUAAGUUGUACUGUAAAUGUGGAAUGCUCUGCCAGAAAGCAUGAUAGAUAUAGAUUCAAUGAUAGCAUUCAGAAGACAAAUAAUGACGGAAAUAGAGCAAAAAAGUAAAACAGCUAAAAGGGAGAAGAUGACAGUGUUUAUUUGUACUACAGCUUUCGCAUCAGCUAAGACUCCCGUGGCCAAGGAAAAGAGCAGGGACUGGAAAUGUGACUGAAAAACAUAAUUGGAAAGAGCAAAUGAAUGAUUUCAUGAGUGCCAGUAUAGGCACAAUGAACUGAAUGGUAAAGUGUGAAUUGGGGAGCUGAACAAAUUAUUUUGAGCUCCAUGAUUUCAACCAUCACCACAUGAUUUGAAAUGAAUGGAUUCCAGCAAAAU